CCUGCUUUGUAUUGAGCUAAUAAAUCAACUCUCAGGCCAGUGCACGAGAUACGAGCGCCUUCCCAGUUUGGGAAAUAAUCAGUGGGAGUGUUUUGUCUAUUUCUGUUGUCGAUCAUAUCCCACAGUGACAUGUCAUAAAAAAAACAGAAGAGAGUUCCUGUCAUCGUGUGCUUUGCUGAGCGCAUAAACUGCAUUAAAAAUGUCAUCAGCUUCACAGAGUGAUGUUGAAACAGUAACUGAAGAGGAAAUGGAGAGUGACAAGGAGGAUGAGGAUGGUAUAUUUAUCAGAGUUCCACCAAUGAGUCAAGGCAGUGUUGACAUGCUCUCUGAUAAACCUCAGCUUCGUUUCAUGUAUAAAACAGAUGCACUCAGUGAAAGUGAGAAAGCCUGGUUUCAGAACAAUAUUAAAAAAUUGGAACAAAAUUCAGCAGCUGAUGAACCUGAUACUUCUGUCAUGAAUGGUUCAUCUUAUGGCUUUACCCGCCAAGUGUCCAAUAACAUCUUAAAUCAAGCAGGUGCUGGUUUCAAGGAAAUGCCCACUGAUGCUUUUGGACAAUUGAAGUUUGAAAAUGAAGAUAUGAUAUCUUGGUAUGUACGCAUGGCUGUCAGCAUGGAAACCAGCAACCUUGAGCACUUGAUGGUGGACAAAUUCAAACUUGUGAACGAAUGUAAAACUCUGCAGAUUCACUGUAUAGACUAUGAGGAAUUGCCUGAGACAUAUGAGAAGUACAUACAACCAAGAACAUGUUACAGAACACGAGUGGGCAUGAGGAGGCCACUAAGUUCUCUUUAUGAGCUGGAAACAGUCCCAACUAAAACGCUAUCAAAAAAACUGAUGAAAGACAUAAGGUCCAUCUGUAAAAGAACAGGUGGCCUUGUGAUGACUUGGAGUGGACUGAAAGUAGGUCCAGGAAGUGCUAUUCAUGGAGCCUUGAAGCAGCUUCACUCAGCCUUCAAAUAUGGGGAAGACUUUCAGAGUAGCUUAGCCACAGUAGCUUCUCCUCUCUGGAGUGCUUUUCCACCACACAUUCAGGACCUCUUCAAGAAACAGGGUGACAGAGUGUUAAUCUCUUCACGUGAUGUUGAAGAAGCUGAGUGGGGAAAUGUCUCCCCUUAUGCAUCCCAUUAUCUUCAACUUGACAUGGGUCAUCAAGAACUCCCAAAUUCUAAAGAUUUCCAGAGAUGCUAUAGACACUUUCAGUACAGGCUAUUGACUGCAAUGGGAAGUAAGGAAGAGAAGUUGGAGACACCAGUAGUGUGCAUGCUUUUCAAUGGCGGCCAUGAUGCUCUCAAAAUGGUCAAGUUUGCACUAGAUCAUGAAAUUCCACUAAUUGUUGUCAAGGGUAGUGGUGGCUUUGCCGAUGUGAUUGCUGAUGUGUACAUGAUGGCAGAAGUGGAUGUCAGAAAAAAAAGAGAACCUGAAACAGGGAAAGCAGUUGUUAAAGCCUUCAAGCUUCCUGGAAGAGCUGGUGAUUAUUACAUGCAAGACAAGGUCACAAGAAAUCUACUGCUGAAGGAAAUCUUUAAGAAACUGGACAAGCUGACUGUCUAUGACCCCACCAUCAACGUUCAGAGUCUGGAUGCUGCUGUUUUUGAGGCACUUCUGAAAAAUGGAAAAGACCAUAAGAUCAACUACCUAAUGCAUGUGAUGAAGAGUUUAAAGUCGUCUUUCUCUCAUUCCAUCUCAGUCACUGAAUCUUCACCCAGUUUCAUAGACUCUGAAAACAUUCAGAUGAACUUCUUCGUUGAGGCAGUUAAGCAAAACAGCAAGGAUGUGGUGAAAUCUUUUUUAAACACGCUUCAGCUUUCUUUCACUCAGUUCCACAUGGGCAGGGUUCUUCGGAUGUAUACCACAGAUAGUAACAAGCAAGUGAAGAUGAUCAACAUCCGUAGACGGUUGCAAGAAUCACUGAAGAAACUCCCCAUGUUUCCAUUGCAUUGUGCAGGCGAGAACUGCAGCAGGUGUGAUGUAGACACAAGAAGUAAAAGUACAGAAUCUGAACUUGAAGUACAAAGGACUUGCCUGCAUCCUAUGCAAGAGAUGUUUUUGUGGUGUCUCCAUGACCACAAGAUUGACCUGGCUGUCAUUUUCUGGGAAAAAUGUAAUGACAAAAUAGCAGCAGCACUGUUUGCCCAUGCGCUGCUGAAAUCCAAGGCAAAGGAACAGAGUGACCGUGAUGUGAAAUGGCAGAUGAAUGAAGAUGCUGAUCGUUUCCAGGAGCUAGCUAUUUUGACUCUGAAGAGCUGCCAGGAAAUGAAUGAAAUUCUCACUGAAUCACUGCUUACCAAGCCAUGUGACUGGUGGGGUGGGGUAUCAGUGCUUCAACUGGCCAUCAUGACAUCAAACAAGUCUUUCAUCUCACAGACAGCCUGCAAAAACAUCCUUACACGCAUCUGGAAAGGAGAACCUUUAACGGAUUCAGAACCCAUCAUAAAAAGCAGGUUCGUGAUCAAAGAGGAAACCAUUCAACCAUGGUGGGGUUCAUUUCCCAGUUGCUUGCAAACCCCUCGAGUGAGCUACGCAUUCAGUUUGGUUCUUCAAAUUAUUUUCCUCAUGCUCUUCAGUUAUGUUUUGCUGUUUGAUUCUGGCAAAAAAUUAACACCAUGCUUCAUUGCUGUUAUUGUGUGGGUCAUGGACAUAGCUGCAGAAGAAAGCAGACAGAUGCUGGUUAGUGAUCCUGACAUCGAUGAAGACCAUGCCCACUCUCAAGAAUGCCACUGGUUGAGGCGACGGUGCAGAAAUUAUAUUCAUCAGACAUGGAAUCGUCUAGAUGUGGCAACAGUGGGUGUCUUCCUGCUGGGGAUGAUAGUGUUUUUUGACCAGGAAGUUGUGCAUAUCAUUGGCCGUAUUCUUCUUAGUGUGGACAUAUUUCUCUUCUUUAUUCGAACUUUCCAAAUGCUGAUGGUCUUCGAAGAGCUAGGACUGAUGCUGAUCAUGGCUGGCAAGAUGAUUAAGGACACAGUGAACUUUAUGAUCAUUCUGUUGGUGGUUGUACUGGCAUAUGCUGUCAUGUCUGAGGCAGUUCUCUACCCCGAAAGUGAUCUUACUCUUGAGCGUCUUUUCCAUGUGCCUCGCAAAGCCUACUGGCAGGUGUUUGGUGAAGUCAGCCUGGAGGAAAUAGAAAUCAGUGAUGAAGCAAGCUGUUCCGUGGUAAAUGAUUCUAAACAUUUUGGGGGGGACAUCCCACAUUGCCCUACCCACUAUGGCCGCUAUGUUGCUUCAAUCAUGCUUGGUGUGUACAUUAUGAUCACCAACGUACUGUUACUCAACCUUCUCAUUGCUAGAUUCAACAAGACCUUUGAUAAAGUUCAUGAUGAUGCUUGUGAGUACCAGUCCUGGCAUCGCUGUGAGAUCAUCACGGAGUUCUACCACCGUUCAACAUUAAUCCCACCACUUAACAUGGUCAACGCCACCAUUAAACUUUGCAAGUACGUGUGCUACAAAAUGUGUUUUGCAUGCAAGGGCUGCUGCAAAAAGACAAGUUGUCACAGACAGAAUGGGACAACUAGUGAACAAGAACCUCUUACUCCAAGAGUGCGUGCCACGAGGUCAACAGAUGGCUGUGUCAUUAAGGUCACAUGGGAUGAUUCAGUCAAAAGUCGUGACAAUUCAGGAAAUGAGGAACCUUACAGUGUAAAUCUCAGUGUUUACAACAAAAACAUGGAGUUUAUUCAUAAAGAGGAGUACAAAGUGGCCAGGAACAGAAAAUACAAAUAUCAGACAUUCACUUUCUGGGAUUUGAAACCUUCUAGUACAUAUGCUGUCACAGUAAAUGAAAAGGAAACCAAUUUGUUGCAAUUAGAGUCCCCUGCACUGCGUCCUGAGGACCUUGCAGACAUCCAGAAGUUUGAAGACAAGCAAGCAAACUGGGCAUGUAGGCAGAAGGUGGAAGCCACCAAGCUGACAGAGAAAGUGAUUAAGAUGGCUACAAAACUUUUAGAGGAAAGCAAAGAACUUGACAGAAAGAUGACAAAACUGUCCGAUGAAGUCAAGGCUGAAGGGACCGAACGGGUAUCUCUUGUUGAAAAAGAAGCUAAAGAAAGAAAGAAGAACAGUAAAAAUAUUGUAGAGAUCGGAAACUAUAUGGCCAAAAAUUUCAAAAUGCUGUUCAAGCGUGUUGAUGAGCAAGGAGAACAAUUCAAGCUUCUGUCUGUUGACAGAAACAUUGUGCAUAAAAGUUUUCAUGUGAUGGAGAAAGAACUGGACAGAUCAAAGAAGGAAGCACAGGGUCUAAGGGAUAAACUAGCAAAGUGUAAUGAAGAUAAAGUAGCUGCAGAUCAGGAAGCUAGCCAAAAGGUAGAGUCACUAAAAAGUGAAGUGGAGAAGCUGACAAGACAACUAAAGUCUACACAAGAAGAAGCAGAGGAAGCCAAAAUGCAGGCAAAAGUUUUGGCAGCAGAAAAAGUAAUGGCAGAAGAGCAGCAGAUGACAGCUGAGAAAAACUGUGCUGAAGCACAGAGAAAUUGUAUCACGGCAGAAAGAAGUGAGAGAGAUCUUCAGAAGCAUCUCCUAGAAGCCAAGGAAGAGAUUAUACGGUGCCACCAGCAAAUCUUAGAGGUUGUACAGAAGUCUACCAACAAUAGUUUAAGUCCUCAGUAUGAGCAACAGUAGCAGCAGCAGCUGCUAAACUACAUAGUAACAGCAUUGGAGCUUUCAAGAACAGGAGUGGGGCCUUUAACAUUGGAACCUUAAGCAUCCUUAACAGCAGCUAUUAGUAGUAACAGCACUGGAGCAGCAGUAUUUAGCAUUGCUGUCUUCAGUUGUGACAUGCUACUUGAGACUGGUGACUUAUUUUCAGGAACUCACAUGCACACCAGCCAACAGUGAUUUUGGGAAGAAAGUCCAACUUAAUACCUCACAUUCCACCCAGCUAGCUUCAGACAAAGGCUGCACGGUGCUUGGAUGAUUUUUAUUGAACCUGGAAAGUAUGCUGCACUCUCAUUCUCUCCUUCCACCCAAUUCCAAUCACUUCCAGCUAAUGUGUUUUUGGAGCUCAAAGUGAAAGAAUCGUAAAAUGGUUGCAUAAUUUCUUGUUUCAAAAAUGAUUUUAAUCUCUUUGGUUAUGGGUUACUAUUACAAAGAAAUGAACUGCUCAUUUAAAUCAAUAUUUUUAUAGGAUUUUCUUUAAGUCAUCAGAACAGCAAAUCAUUUAGUUUUAACAAUGUAUACUAUUUUGCAUUCAAAUUACUGAUAUAUCACUAAUCAGUACAAUAAUACCUUACUAAUGACAGCCAGGCCAAUUGUAGAUGAUUAUUGCUCAGGUCAAUGUGGUGAUUUGAUUUCAGAUCGGCAGUAUCUUGAUUAGCGCACAUGGUGUAAUAUUCAUCAGGUUUAUUGUAAUCGAUGGAAAAGAGCCGUUUUGCUCAACUUUUCAGUAUUACUGCAAUCUUCAGAUCAGCAACACUUUAAUAAUAAUUUGAUUUUUAUGUCUGUAAUAUAUUGAACAUUUAGUUUAAGAAUAUCUUCAGGCAACUAGUAUUGCUCAUAGAUCACAAAUAUCAGAGCCAUCAUGGUCAGCAUGUUGAUGCGAAACGGUUGGUUUGUCAACGGUCGAGGUCGGUGUCUAGCACUUGGAUUUCGAGGGGCGAGGUCGUAAAAGAUACUGAUGAAGGUGGCUGAUAUCAGAUCCUCUGCUGAGAGUUAGUCUUGGAAUCGUGACUAACUGCAACACAACUUUUACUCAGAAGUGCGCAUGUCCGCUGUGAACGCUUCAUUGCACCACUAGCUGCUUGCUCUCCACAGCAGAAUCUCGAUGCUGGUGGAUAAGUGUUGGUCCCCUCGUUAGUUACGACCCGGACACAAAAAGUGGCAAGUGUGUGUCGAACAGGGUGGUGGUGUGUUGUGUUUGGGAAUUAAGGAGAGGCAGGGACUCACACUACUUGGAUUAGAGAUAAGGAAUCGUAAACGGGAGCCCUAGAAAACAAACCAUGUUCAGAAUCUUUGAAGUUAUUUCAUUCUUUGUAACUUGUACUAAUCUCUCUGUUUAAUAAUAAUUUCUUUGUUCACUACAUCGCCUUGAGUUGAUGAUUGGGGACAUACGCGGGAAGCUCGGAGUCAGAUUGUAUUAUCUUUGCUAACAAUUUAGUGUAAGCGAUUCGCGUAUAUGGCGGGGUGGCGGAGGCAUCGAGAAUGUAAUCAGCCCCAGGCCAUCGGCUAGAUUACUGCACCUCUGUCCAUUGCACAUACCCGUUCACGACAAUGACAUCACGCCUUUAAAAAAUAAAUAAUACCUCUGCACUAAUUAUGCAUCCAAACACUAGAACUCUUCGUUAAAAUAACUGAAGUGCCUAACCAUACCCUAAAAGAGAUUUGUGCCAUAAUAUUCAAGAUUAUAUCUCCUGAUAACUGAAUGGUUGCAUAUUAUGUACUACUUCAGUCAAAGGGCAUUUUAUUAUGUGAUGAUAUUUCUAUGUUCUUGACAUCAAUUUCAUUAUAAUUUAAAAUAUCAUUUAUAUUUUAUUUUGUUUAUUAUUAUCAGCAGAUGAUGCUGGUGAGCAAGCCCUUUUAAAAAACUUUAUUGUGCUGUACAAAAUGUCGUUUUGUCAAAGUAAACAAAAAGACACCGCAACACUCACUACAGUUACCCUAAAGCUGGCCAGACUUGUGCAAUCUUGCCCUGCAUGAUACCUAUGAUAACAAAAAAGUAAGAGUUAUUAGGUUCAUGUCUGCCAAUAAGCACCCAGCAAGAAAUGUGUUCAAUAGCAGCAUGUGAAUACAUUAAUCAAGAACAUGUUAAUGAAUAAAACACGAAUAUACAUAAAGGUAACAUACAUAUACAUACGUCUGAUCCAUGCAGGGUUAUCUAAACUGAUCAACACAAGAGAAUAAUUGUUUAAUGAAUGCAAGUUAGUUAUGUCUUUUACUUUAAAGUGGCAAAAUAGUAUUCCCAUCAAGGUUUUAUUAAAUACAUUCUAAUUUUAUAAUUAACUAAGAAAUUGUUUGGGGCCAGUGAGUAUAACUCCUGUGUAUUGGUUGUUAUACUGUUUGUCUACUCUCAGAUUUGCUCAGUUUUGUGUCCUUUUGGACGUUAAGCUUCACAUUCAUGCUUUGUACUUACUUUAACAGCUCUGUAAUUGUAAGAGCACUUUUUUAACGAUGAGCAUGUGCACAAUGUAGCUUUUUGAAUGUACACCGAUAUUUGUUGUCAGAGUUGGGUAUAUUUUGGGAACUGGGAUGUACUUCAAGUUUUUCUCAAGCAUGAUAUAAUUACAAAUGAUCUAUCUAUACUUUUAUGUGUGAUUAAAGUACAUUUAAAUUGU